UCUAUUCUUACACAUGAUUUUCUUCAAUUUUCUUCUCUUGUUCUGAACCAAGAUGAUGAAGCACAUGAACUCACAGCUUCUUCCACCAUUUCUUGUAUCAGUUAUUGUUCUUUUGAGCUCAAUAUCUGCCACUGAUUUUGUCUUCAAUGGCUUCAACUCCUCUGAUGUGUUGUUGUAUGGGAAUGCAACCAUUGACUCAAGAAUCCUAACCCUCACACAUCACCAAACUUUCUCAGUUGGUCGUGCACUUUACCAUAAGAAGAUCCAAACCAAGAAGUCAAAUUCUUCUUCCUAUGUCUACCCUUUUUCCACUUCCUUUAUAUUCUCCAUGGCACCUUUUAAGGACACUCUUCCUGGCCAUGGAUUUGUCUUCAUCUUCACACCACUCACUGGCAUAUUCCAUGGUACAAGCACUGCUUCUCAGAAUCUGGGGCUCUUCAACUUCACCAACAAUGGAAAUUCAAGCAACCAUGUGUUUGGUGUUGAGUUUGAUGUGUUCAAGAACCAGGAGUUUGAUGACAUAAGCGCCAACCAUGUUGGGGUUGACAUAAACUCUCUCACCUCUGUUGCAUCUCAUGAUGCAGGGUAUUGGCCAGAUGAAGAUCAUGAUUCUUUCAAGGAAUUGAAGCUCAACAAUGGUGAGAACUACCAAGUUUGGAUUGAAUAUGAGGAUUCUUUGCUCAAUGUUACCAUGGCAAAGGUUGGUAUGAAAAGGCCUAUGAAACCUUUGUUGAAUGUUUCUCUUAACUUGUCUCAAGUUUUUGUAGAUGAGAUGUUUGUUGGAUUUACCAGUUCCACAGGGCAAUUAGUUGAGAGUCACAAGAUUCUUGCUUGGAGUUUUAGCAACACUAAUUUUUCAUUAAGUGAAGAACUAAUUACUACUGGUUUACCCUCUUUUGUUCUUCCAAAGGAUUCAAUUUUCAAGUCAAAGGGGUUUGUUGCAGGGUUCACAGUAGGUAUCUUCUUUGUUGUUUGUGUCUUUGUUUUGCUUGCAAUGUUUUUGAUUCGGAGAAAGAGAAGGCUUGAAAGGAAGAGAAUGGAAAUGGAAGAUUGGGAGUUAGAGUAUUGGCCACACAGAAUGACAUAUGAAGAAAUUGAGGCAGCAACAAAGGGAUUCUGUGAGGAAAAUGUGAUUGGAGUUGGUGGCAAUGGUAAGGUCUACAAGGGUGUUCUAAGAGGCGGCGCAGAGGUGGCCGUGAAGCGAAUAUCACAAGAGAACGACGGCGUGAGAGAGUUCCUAGCAGAAAUUUCAAGCCUUGGAAGAUUGAAGCAGAGAAACUUGGUUGCUUUGAGAGGAUGGUGCAAGAAAGACAUGGGAAAUUUCUUGUUAGUUUAUGAAUACAUGGAUAAUGGGAGUUUGGAUAAGAGAGUGUUUUGUGAUGAGAGCAUGAUGCUGAACUGUGAAGAGAGAAUAAGAAUCAUCAAAGAUGUGGCCUUUGCUGUGUUGUAUUUGCAUGAAGGUUGGGAAGAGCAAGUUCUGCAUAGGGACAUAAAAGCCAGCAAUGUGUUACUUGAUAAAGAUAUGAAUGGAAAGCUUGGAGACUUUGGAUUAGCAAGAAUGCAUAGCCAUGGCCAAGUUGCUAGCACAACAAAGUUGGUUGGGACAGUUGGUUACAUGGCUCCAGAAGUGAUCAAGACCGGACAAGCCUCGACUCGCACGGAUGUGUACAUGUUUGGAAUCUUGAUUUUAGAGGUCAUGUGUGGAAGGAGGCCUAUGGAAGAAGGUAAGGCACCUCUUGUGGAGUUUGUGUGGGGACUAAUGGUUAAAGGGGAACUAAUCCAUGCACUUGAUGAGAGGUUAAGAGCUAAAGGAGACUUCAAUCUGCAACAAGUUGAGAAGGUUCUUCAGUUGGGAUUGUUGUGUGCAUACCCUGAACCAAAAUCAAGACCAAACAUGAGACAAGUUGUGAGUAUUUUAGAAGGGAAGAACAAUGAGGGAGGAGAAGAAUCAGAGAAUGAGAAUGUGGAUACUUGUUUGCUUCUAAAGUUGAAAUCUGGGGAUAUUUUUUCUGAGUAUUCUAAUUAUUUUAGCUAUUCAACACACCCAACAUUUGAAGAUAUUCGCCGGUCUAAUACUUCUUCAAUGUCUCUUACUUGGUCUAAAUCUGUAGUUGAGGGUAGAUGAAUCUUUUCACAUCAAUGCAAUUAUGGAGAUGAUGUGUUUAGGUGAUGAAUUUUUUGAUCCAUUUUAUUACAUUAUAUGAUUGAUGUAAAUAAUGUAUCAGAGCAUAAAUGAAUUGAUGAACAUAUGAUUGUGAUCUAGUAAUUCUUUU